AUACACAACAGAGCUGGUUGCAAUUUUGUUGGCCUUGGAAUGGGUAGAGGGAAAUGAGUUAAAUAACUCAGUGAUUAUAUCUGAUAGUUAUUCAGCUUUAGAAAGCAUAAAAAAUGGGAAAUCUAUAAGAGAUGAUAUAAUUCAUAAAAUGUUUAUGGUUUUGCAUAAGUUAAAUGCAAAGGAUUUAAAAAUCAGGUUUCUCUGGGUACCUGCACAUGUUGGAGUGAAAGGGAAUGAGGAGGUUGAUAAACUUGCAAAACAAACACUGAAACACAAUAGAAUAUUACAAGUUCCAUAUAGUAAAUCUGAAGCUAAAACAUUCAUUAAAGCAUAUGCAAGAUCAAAAUGGCAGGAGUAUUGGGUGGAUGAAGAUAAAGGAAGGCAUUUAUAUAAUAUACAAUCAGAAGUGGAUAUAGGAAGGACAGAGUGUAGGAGUAGAAGAGAAGAAAGUAUAAUUACACGGUUAAGAAUAGGACACACUGGGCUCAAUUCUUCAUUGAAGAUAAUAGGGAAACAUCCAACAGGGAACUGCCAAUAUUGCAGUCAUUUAGAAACUGUAGAACAUAUUUUAUUUCAGUGCACAAAGUAUAGCCAAGAAAGAAACCAGCUUUUUCAGUCUCUCAGAAGUGUCAAUCAGAAUAAUUUUACAAUGCAAGGUUUAUUAGGGAAAGCAUCCAGUAACAUUCAUCAAUUUGUUUUUAAGUUUCUUAGAGACACCGACUUAGCCAGUAGGAUUUAAUUAUUAUUAUUAUUUUUUUUUUUUUUUUUAAGAUCCAAUAUCUCCUGAUUCACACUCCAGCCCAGUCGGUGGCGGUAAUGCACCGUUAAGUUGGUUUGCCAACCGCCAUAAAAAACUAAAGAAGAAGAAGAAGAAGAAGAAUCGCAUUCAUACGCAACGAGAUUUGGCUGUGGAACAGUGAAGCUACUCCCACAACAAUCACACAUUCAGUAAUUCACCAAUAAAUGUUAAAGUGAAGACGAGUGUCAAAUCAUCAGGAAGAGCUGAAAUCUGUAAAGACUGAGCUUAUAAAGAGGACAGAAAGAAGAUGAGAGAUCCAGAACCCUGCAGAAUCAAAGAUACUGAAGAACAAACAGAGUUGAUUGAAGAAAAUGAAGAUGAUGAAGAAUUGAGUGAAAUUGAUAUGAAUACUCAUGUCAACACUGGAGAAAAACAUCUGAGUUGCUCUCAAACCGAACAGAAAACCAAACCGAAAGAUUCAGUGAAAAGAAGAGCCAAGAAAUCUUUCACCUGCCCUCAGUGUGGAAAGAGUUUCCCAUACAGACAUAAAAUUAAAGCUCACAUGAGAGUUCAUACUGGAGAGAAAUUGUUCACUUGCGAUCAGUGCGGGAAGAGUUACACACAGUCAUCAAACCUUAAGCAACACAUGAACGUCCACACUGGAGAGAAACCUUACAGGUGUUUACACUGUGACAAGAGAUUCAGUCGUUCAGCAGACUUGAAAAAACACAAUGUGGUCCACACAGGAAAGAAACUGCACACAUGUGAUCAAUGCGGGAAGGGUUUUGCACUAAAACAACACUUUACGGCACAUGUGAGAGUUCAUACGGGAGAGAAACCGUACAAGUGUCUAUACUGUGACAAGAGAUUCAGUCAGUCUGGAAACCUGAAGACACACAAGAGGAUUCACACAGGAGAGAAACCGUAUCACUGCACUGAAUGUGGAAAGUGUUUCAGUCAUUCAGUUUCUCUACACAGUCAUACAAAAAACAAUCACACAUCUACAGAUGUCCGAGUUCUGCUCCCCGUGAAACUGAUACUCAACUGCCAUUGGCUCAUCUGGAUUCGAGAGAAGGGGGUUACCUAUAGGUCAUUAUUCAAAGCUUUUUAACACUGUUUUUUCUAAAAUAAAUAACACCUUCAAAGUGUUAUUCCAUCACAGCCAGUGGUUUCACAUGUGGUUCUACAACUGUUUCUUUGUUUCAUUAUAUUUUAUAUAAAUAAAGGCCAUUGUCAUAGUAAUUCAUUUGUGUAUUAAAAUAAAACAAAUUCAUAAAUUC